UCCUCUUCAUCCAUAAAUCCAUAAAUUUAAUUAAAAAAACGAAAAAAACCUCUGCCUUUGUGAGUCUGUCCGGUUCUUAUAGUAAUUAAAAACUGCUCCUUUUUGCCAUUUUCCUCUUCUUUUUUUUUUUUUUUCUUUUUUCUGGGUCGCGCUGGGCGGACUGGACUGGGGUGUUCUUGAAUCCCAUCCCAACUUCAGAGUUCCUGCCGGGGUUCUUAAUCGGUGAGUUCCUGCUCUUUUCUUCCUCCUGCCCACAACCUCCGCUCGGCUGAAUGAGUCGGUCAGAAUGCUGCCGAAUCGCCGCUGGUUUCUGGGUGAAAUCAAAAUUGCGUUCAUAGAUGUGAACUUUGUAGAAGAAUGUGGUUUUCAGCGUCGCUGCUGGAGCCGGCACAUAUGUAAGAACUGUGGAACUUCGGGUAGAAUGCUCCUUUUACGGCUCCAGGAUCAUCAUUGUGCAGCAGAGCAGGGAGAUGGAUAGGAACCCAUCGGGCUUAAAGUUUCAUCUCUCUGGGUCGUCGCAGUCAGUGGAGUCAGCCCUAGAUUUGGAGAGAAACUAUUGCAAUAACCUGAACCUGCCCUCAUCUAGCCCAUCCCCACUUCAGCCUUUUGCUUCAGGUGGUCAGCUCUCGGAGAGUAAUGCUGCUUACUUCUCGUGGCCCACUUCAAGCCGGCUAAUAGAUGCAGCGGAAGAUCGGGCCAACUACUUUGGGAACCUUCAGAAAGGAGUGCUGCCUGAAACCCUUGGAAGGUUGCCCUCGGGGCAGCGAGCCACGACCUUGCUUGAGCUGAUGACAAUUAGGGCAUUCCAUAGCAAAUUCUUGAGGAUGUUCGGUCUUGGAACUGCAGUUGGGUUUCGCAUCCGACGAGGAGAAUUAACAGAUAUCCCAGCCAUUCUUGUCUUUGUUUCCCAUAAAGUUCACAGGCAGUGGCUGAGCCACAACCGAUGUUUACCUGCAGCCCUUGAGGGACCAGGUGGUGUAUGGUGUGACGUGGAUGUUGUUGAAUUUUCAUACUUUGGGGCACCAGCCCCUACUCCAAAAGAACAAUUAUAUACGGAGCUUGUAGAUGGUUUAAGGGGAAGCGAUCCGUGCAUUGGUCCUGGCUCUCAGGUUGCAAGUCAAGAGACAUAUGGAACUUUGGGUGCAAUUGUGAGAAGCCGCACAGGAAAUCGUCAGGUGGGGUUCCUCACUAAUCGUCACGUUGCAGUUAAUUUGAACUACCCGAAUCAAAAGAUGUUUCAUCCUUUACCACCAAGCCUCGGGCCCGGUGUUUAUCUCGGUGCUGUUGAGCGGGCUACCUCAUUUAUUACAGAUGAUCGGUGGUAUGGGAUCUUUGCUGGUAACAACCCAGAAACAUAUGUGCGGGCAGACGGGGCCUUUAUUCCUUUCACAGAAGACUUCAACAUGAACUAUGUGACCACUUCUGUUAGAGGGGUGAGCGAAAUUGGCGAGGUGAAUACCAUCGAUCUGCAGUCCCCGAUUGGGUCUCUCAUUGGACGACAGGUGGUCAAAGUUGGGAGAAGCUCUGGUUUGACCACUGGGACCAUAAUGGCAUAUGCCUUGGAUUACAAUGAUGAGAAGGGAAUAUGCUUCUUUACCGAUUUCCUCGUGGUUGGCGAGAACCAACAGACUUUUGACCUCGAAGGGGACAGUGGAAGUUUAAUUCUUUUGACAGGUCAGAACGGCGAGAAACCACGGCCUAUUGGGAUCAUAUGGGGCGGAACUGCUAACCGGGGUCGCCUGAAGCUCAAGGUGGGUCAGCCUCCCGAGAAUUGGACCAGCGGUGUUGAUCUUGGGAGCCUUCUUAAUCUUCUCGAACUUGACCUCAUUACAACUAUUGAAGGUCUUCAAGCUGCAGUGCAGGAGCAAAGAACUGCUUCAGCAGCAGCGAUGAAUUCAGCAGUAGGAGAGUCCUCACCUCCUGAUCGGGUCCCCUCAAGGGAUAAAAUUGAGGAGAGCUUUGAGCCUCUCUACCCGGGCAUCCAGCAGGUCCCCAUUGAACCUGACAACUGCCCAGGUGGUGGGCUUGUAAAUGCUCCUCGACUGAUGCCCUCCGACUUCCACAUAGAAGACGGAGUUGGAGGAUGUCCAAACGUUGAACACCAGUUCAUCUCGAGGUUUGCAGAGAGGUCAUUGCCUGGGCCUCAGAACAACCAAGAAGAAAAUCCCAGAUUGAACGAAUUGUUGCCAUCAGGAAACGAAGAGAUCUCUGUGUCGUUGCAGCUUGGCGAGCCCAAAACGAAGAGAAGAAAAGGGUCUGGACACGAAGUAGAGCAUCCCGGAGCAUGAAACCAAGGAGGGAAAAAGUACCUGUGUAAGUUUUGUUCCUCCAACUGAACUGAAUCUAUCAUUCUUAUUCUUUCUCAUACAUUUCCUUUUCCUCGGAGUGGUGCUACGGGCCCAUUUUCUGUGUCUUCGUGGUACUCUUAAGGGUACAGGGCAAGAAUGGGGUGGGUGCCGAUGUUAUAGAAGGGGAGUAUGGCGGUGGACUUGUCCACCUUUUAUUAAUUUGUACCGAAUUCGAGUAAAUAAGUAUACUAAUAGAACUGAAUGGCAAAUAGUGGAAAUGGGCAAAGGCAAGUAUUUGAGCAAAAGUGGUUUGGUUUCUGAU